GUCUCUCCCUUUCCGACGAGAAGCGAGGCAGCAGCAGCAGUCGAGAGAGACAGCAGGGAGGGCGCAUCCGUCUCGGUCGACCUGAAUCCAGGCUCAUCCGACGCCAUCCCUAGUCCUCUAGCCGCGCAGCUUCGCUCAAACACCUUCCGCCAUGGCCCCCAAGUUCGACCCGAACGAAAUUAAGAUCGUGUGCUUGCGAUGCACAGGCGGGGAAGUCGGUGCCACAUCAGCGCUGGCUCCCAAGAUCGGACCCCUGGGUCUGUCGCCCAAGAAGGUGGGCGAUGACAUCGCCAAGGCGACGGGGGACUGGAAGGGCCUGCGCAUCACCGUGCGCCUCACCAUCCAGAACCGUCAGGCCGCCAUUGAGGUGGUGCCCUCGGCGUCGGCCCUGAUCAUCAAGGCCCUGAAGGAGCCUCCUCGCGAUCGCAAGAAGCAGAAGAACAUCAAGCACACGGGAAACCUGGGUCUGGAUGAGAUCAUCAACAUCGCCCGCCAGAUGAGACCCAGAUCCCUGGCUCGUGAACUCAAGGGCACGGUGAAGGAGAUCCUGGGCACGGCCCAGUCGGUGGGCUGCACCGUGGACGGGAAACACCCUCACGACGUCAUCGACGAGAUCAACAACGGGGAGACCGAGAUCCCCUCGGAUUAAAAGAACACCAGCUCCGAAGUGAUUGUGGGAAACGAAGCAUCGAAUUUAAAUAAAAACUAAAAAAAAUCCAA